AUGAAAAGAACAACUAGCAAGAGUCAAGCAUAUGCUUCUAGCCAAGAAGACAGCGAAAAUGAUAGCGAUGAGACUGAAUGUAGUAUUGGCAGUAAUUCAACAGCUGGUACUCAUCGUAGCGAUACACCUACACGUAGUGCCCGUUAUAGAAGAAAAGGAAGACGCAGAAGUAAAACAACAAAAUAUAAACCAUGUAUGGAUAAACCCCUUUACAAAUACUGCUGUAGCGUUAAGGAAGAUCAUGGACAACCAUUAUUUGGAGUACAGUUUAAUCAUCAUUUGAAAGAAGGCGAACCGUUAAUAUUUGCUUCUGUGGGAAGCAACCGAGUAAGUAUUUAUGAAUGUCCGGAAGGAGGUAAUAUCAGAUUACGCCAGUGUUACGCAGAUCCUGAUCCUGAAGAAAAUUUUUAUACUUGUACUUGGACUUACGAUGAUUCUGGUAAACCAUUAUUAGCGGUGGCUGGAUCACGUGGUGUUAUAAGAGUGAUCAGCCCUGUAACCAUGACUUGUAUCAAGCACUAUAUUGGACAUGGUCAUGCAAUAAAUGAAUUAAAAAUUCAUCCCAAGGAUGCAAAUAUAUUACUUUCAGCAUCAAAAGACCAUGCUCUUAGAUUAUGGAAUAUAAAAACUGAUGUAUGCAUAGCAAUAUUUGGUGGCGUUGAAGGUCAUAGAGAUGAAGUCUUAAGCGCCGAUUUUGAUAUGAAAGGAGAACGUAUUAUUUCAUGUGGUAUGGAUCACGCUUUGAAACUGUGGUCAUUGGAUAAGCCAGAUAUGCAAGAAGCAAUAAAACAAUCCUAUUAUUGCAAUCCAAGUCGUAAUGGAAGACCAUUUGAUUCUAUACUUCAACAUUUUCCGGACUUUACUACACGGGAUGUUCAUCGUAAUUAUGUUGAUUGCGUCAAAUGGUACGGUGAUUUUAUUUUAAGCAAGUCCUGUGAAAAUUGCAUUGUAUGUUGGAAACCAGGACGUCUCGAAGAUACUCAAUUGCGUAGUGGAGAAACAAGCGCCACUGUUUUACAUAGAUUUGAAUUUAAAGAAUGUGAUAUAUGGUUUAUACGAUUUUCAAUGGACUUUUGGCAGCGUACGAUAGCUCUAGGAAAUCAAGUGGGUAGGACAUACGUGUGGGACUUAGAGGUUGAUGAACCUGGACAAGCACGGUGUUACUCACUUCAGCAUCCUCGAUGUACUGCCCCUAUACGUCAAACUAGUUUAAGUAGAGAUGGUUCGGUAUUGUUAUGUGUUUGCGACGAUGCUACCGUAUGGAGGUGGAAUCGUGAACAUUAACAUUUGUAUGAUAAAUAUAAUAAUGUCUUUAUAUUUACACAUGUUGCAUUUAAUGAUUAUAUACUGUCUUCAUAUAGUAAUUACUAUAUAUAGUAAAUUUGUAUUCAUAAAUAAUUUAUGAAGGUUUAUUCAAAAUUAUUUUAUAUACUUUUUUAUUAACAUAGUUUUCUCUUCUUAAUAAUAAGAAAUUAGUUUUUCGGACAUGAAAUUGUACCUACAAACGUUUUAAAAAAAAGACUAAACAUAAUUGCCAUGUUUAUAUAUUAAUGAAAAUUGUAAUUACAAAAGCAAUACUGUAUGUUUAUGAGAAGACACGCGGGGUUAUUCUGAAGCAAGAAGAGAACUUGUGACCGUUUCGAUAAAUAACGAAACUGCAUGAAUCAUAUUUUCUACAGUUUUAUUAGAAAGGGAUGGGUUCUAUUCAAUUCAGCCAAUGGAACCCUCGCCCCUUCUCAUAAACGCACAGUAUGUGCUUCUAUUUUUUACAUACAGUAUAAUACUUUGUGAAAUUGUGUGAUACUAAUUUCACAAAAUAAAAUUACUUUGUAUAAACAUUUAAAUAUUUUAUUUUAUCAUACUCCGACUAUAAUUGGAAAAAAAUAUUUGUUUAAUACAAAUUGAGAAAGCUGGAAACAUUCUUGUUCAAUGCAAUACAGAAGUGCAAACCAUGAACAUUUACUGAGUUUACACUUUUACUGUGAUAUAUUCAUAAAAAGUUCAUAAAUACUAAUUGUGCAUUACACUAUAUAGAUAUCUACUCGGUAAUAAAAAACUUUUAUAGUUCA